AUGUCAGCAUCAACAUCAGGACGUUUAAGUUUACGUCGAAAUAGUGCUGAUCUUUUACAACAUGCUAAACGUUUACAAGAAAAAUAUAUUCUUCAUCCAUUUUGGAUAAAUACAUCAAUGGGUAAAAUCGAAAAUAUUUCUCAUGUUCCCGAUGUCGAUAUUGCGGAAGCUGGUUGCUGUAAAUACUUAUUAAUUGAAGUUCGAAAUCAUGGUACAACUUAUGGUCAAUCAAAAUUUGUUGUUCGUGGUGAUGCUUCUUGUGUUUAUCAUGCUGAUGUGUUGCAAAAAAUUCAGAGUGAAAUAGAUGAAAAAAGUUUAACAUUAGAUUGUAAAGGUGGUGGUCGACUACAAGUUGAUCCUGGAACAAGAUCAAUUUCAAUUUAUGGUUAUUCACCGGAAUUUGGUCAAGCUGAUCAUGUAAAAACGGUAGAAAUUCUUAAAAAGAAAUACCCUCAAUGGGCAAUUAAGAUUCUAGAUGAAGACUAUUAA